GAAAGAGAAGUCCGAACCAUCCUCCCACCAAGGCAAGCCAAGACCAGGUGGAGAUCUUACCUGGUCGACGCUGGUGGCUGACAUUCUUCACGGGGAGCCGCAAUCCCCUCACCCCGCUCCGCUUGGGUCGCCUCCUCCGCCUCUUCCUCAAGUCCCCACCACCGCCUUUUUCGCCGCUCUCCCCGCCGCCGUCGCCUGAUUGUCUCCGCAGCCCGGGCGCUCCUAGCCUGGUCGAUACCUCUGAAAGGAACCAGCUGGACACAGCACGGCUUUCCUUCUCUGCUCCGGGCUCCGCUUUCCCACAAUGGCGGACGCGCUCCGGAUCCUACUUCCGCUCCACGGCACUCUGACCUUCCGCUCUUCCCCCCUCCUCCGCUGACGACAUCGCAGCCGACCUUUCCCUUUCCGUCUCAUAUCACGUGGAUAUAUUUUUUUAAAAAAACGGCUAUCCGCACCCGUGCGCGCGCGUACUAGCCAGAGCCGCCUUAAAUGUCCCGUAUGUAAUAGGCACCGCAAAUAGCGAGAGGGCGCGCGUGCAAUUUCGGUUGAUUAGGGUGGAGAAAGAGGAAGUGAUGUCAGCAUUUUCAGAGGUUGGCUUUAGAGCUAUAGGAACCUGAAAGAGAAAGGAUACUAGUUUGAGAGUUUGGCCUCUUCUGCCUCUACAUACCAUGAGCCCAACUGAUACCAAGCGUUGUGGGGCCAAGCGCAGGAAGAACAAGAGGAAUGGUGGCCUUGGCUUAGCAAGUCUAGCAGGUGCCCUCGAGAUCAAGCCUUCAGAGCCUGCUUCUUCAACCACUGCUUCCUCCUCUUCAUCCCCAUCCACUUCUGCUGUGGCCUCCUUGCAAAUGGCUGCCAUUGCACCCAUUUCUAGCACUGGAAACGAUCUGGCAGCAACUGCCACAGCCACACCCUUGAUUUCCAGUGAAAGAAUGGACAAGACAGAGAUGCCCAAAAAGCAUUGUGGAGGAACAAUUAAUUCUAGACAAACUCGCAAGCAAACUAGAACUGCUGCUUCAGCAGCUGAAGCAGCUUCACAGGUAGAGCCAAUCGACCUUGAAGAAAGUGCUUAUGAAGAAGUAGUAGACCUUACUUGUGAGUCUUCAGAACCAAUAGUUGUUGAUUUGACACACAAUGAUUCUGUUGUGAUUGUUGAAGAAAAUGUUUGUCGGCGAAGAAAUAGAGAAUUACGAAGCCAACAACAGCCUGACAGCUGUGUAUUAAGUAGUGAUGAUGAUGAAGCAAGAGAUAACGAUGUUGUGUUGACUGGUACGUUGCCCAGAGAAUUGGAAUUACUGGAAGAUGGAAUUUCAAGUUCACGACGUUCAGGUACUGUGAGUUGUCCAAUUUGCAUGGAUGGCUACUCUGAGAUUGUACAGAGUGGAAGGCUCAUUGUAUCAACAAAGUGUGGUCAUGUCUUCUGUAGUCAGUGCCUCCGUGAUUCUCUAAGAAAUGCUAAUUCUUGCCCAACUUGUAGGAAGAAACUUGGUUACAAACAGUAUCAUCCAAUUUAUAUAUGAAACUUUAGAUUCUUCUCUGAAGGAUCUGAAUUGAACUUCUGUGGAUAACUCAUAAAUGUAUACCUCUGCAAAUAAAGGAUUUCAGAUCACA